UGAUGCUCUAAAUAUAUGCUUCAUUCUUAUUCAAUAAUCAAUCUCGGUUCUGCGACGACGGUGAUCCUUUUCCUGAUUUUGUUGCAACAACAACAAUUUCAUCGACAAUCAUCCCAUCAAGAAAUCGCUACGAUUCCAUAUUUAAGGAUAAUAUAGUCGAACAUGACGUCGUCCCUCGAUGAAGAAAUCUUGGGUGAGGAUAUUACAGAACACGAGGAAGGUGCUCAAAGCAGUCCGCCCGAUGAAGUCAAACCGCCGCCAUACAAGUCGUUUCGAAAGAAGUAUCGCAAGAUGCGAAUAAAGUUCGAUGAAGCCAUGCGCCAAAGUAAUCAUUUAUUCAUGGAGGAGCAGUUGGCGGAUGAGACAGCGAAGAAGUUGGCGCGCGAAAAUGAUCGGCUCAUGGAUUUACUACUAGAUAUUAAUAACUCUGCUCAAAUACCAGCCGAUAAGCGCAUCGAUUUGAGCCUUGGUGGACCUGCUCUUGCGGACGUUCCUGCUCUAGUCACAAAAGAAGAGCUUGCGAAAGCUGCCGAAGACACAUCACCUGAAGGUCAAGCCCUUUACAAAGAGCUUCAGGAUUUAUUGAAGGACAAAGAUGACACGAAUACCACGGACAAACCAACCCAAUCUCUUGCGAAGCUCAUGUCGACCGUGCCACACAUAUCUUUGAUGAAUUCUCACGUCUCUCCUGAAUCGUUGGCUGAUUUUGAGCCUCAGCCUGGCAAGAAGUAUCCAAUUGGUUACAUGUCUCUGGAAGAAAUGGAUAUAUACCUCCACGAAGUUGAUGCGUCAAUUAAUAUAGUCCCUGGCAUGGCGACCGUUGUCUAUCCUCCUACAGCACAAGAUGUCACACUCAAGAAUCCACAUAGUGUUCUCAACUGGCUUCGACGUCAUGAACCUAAGAUAUUUCUCCAAGAUGGUGAAGGUCCUAUCGAAAAAAUAAAUACCAAACCUGGUGCUCUACGUGGAGCAGGAAAACGCAUUCAUAUUCCCGCGCCCGCCCGUCAAGAUUCCUUGGAAAUUGUUGAAGAGGAUGGUAUUGGCUAUGAUGCUACUUUAAGUGGAAACAGCUCUAAAAUAAAACGAAAGCGAGAUGCCGAAGAUGAUGGUGGAUAUACACCCAAAUCCGGUAACCCAAUCAAUAAGACUAAGAGGCAAAGGCCGUCCAAAAAGAAGUCUGAUCCACCCGGCGAAUCAACUCCUUCCUCGAGUUCAAGAAAGAGCAAAUCGAGAGCAAAACUUCCAUCGCCUGUCGACACGGGUCCAACCCCGCAUCCUUUUGGUCCAAUCGAUUAAACGAUUCUUGUGUCAUUGAACAUGGGUCAUCUGAACGUACUUCAAGGAAUUGCGACUCAAAUCUUCAAGGAGGUAUAGAACUUGAAGAACUGCAGUUAUAAUUCGGAAAAUUUGAUAUAUUGAGACUGUAUUUUAUAGGAAGGAAAGGGAGCUUUUAUGAUGAACGGAUGGAUUACUUUCUUGGAGUUAGGGGCAAGGGAUUGAUAUCUGGCUCGCUUCUAAAUGCAAAGGGUUUAGGAAAGAUGCAUCAUUUGUACGAUACCGGGGGAAAGGAAAAUAUUGAGGAAUCGAUGGCUUAUCGUUUCUCCAAAGAUUUAUAGAGGAUAGUUAAGGAAUGAGUAAAAGUAAAGGAAUGAUGCUUAUUAGGUACUUUCAUGAUUAAUUAAUUUGGGAUGAUUAUGGCUACUUGAUAUUGAUAUGUAUGCAUCGAUGAUUUGUUCAAGGAGAAUAUAUAUAUCAUCAAGAUGCGCUGGUCAAAGGGAAAAGGGAUAGAAGUAUUAGCGAGAGAAAAGCUACCUAGUUAGAUGUCAGAUCUCUUUGAGAGUAAAGGUUAGGAUGACGAUGAUAUCAUUGAAAUAGGGUCUACACCUGACAGGCUACCUCAUCAGCAUAGUCUAACAAAAUUCGUGCUUGGACAUUGAAUUCUUAAAAUCAGAAUGU